AUGCACGCCAUUCAAGCUCAAAGUCAAGAGAUCGUCCUGAGCGCCGCAGGGACAUUCGGAAGUCAAGUCGUCGACAAGCGGCGUAUACAGUCUCUCCAGCACGAAACGACCGAUAAAACCGUCCCGGGAAGGGUGCAUGAGGCUGUGCCCGUAGCGCCCGCGCAUGGCCCUCUGAUCGACGUACAUAUAUCGAGGAACAAGGCCUGGAGCGCCCUUUGCCAGCACAGUCACCGCCAGCCACCUAUCGUCAACGUCACCCUCACUUUCAUCGUUUACCGCCGCUUCUUGCGCUCUACCCGAUCGCAUCCUGCAAUCCACUCUGCUACUUCUCUCGACCCAGUCUACCACUUCUCGCCACUUACUCUCUUUCGCACCAUGCAGUUCUCCCUCACCCACCUUUUCCUCGUCUUGUCCGCCGUCGCCGCUAUGGCCGCGGCCACGGAGUCGAUGAAGAUCCCGGAGAACAAGAACGCGACCAUGAACGUGCAGAAGAUGCAGAAGAACCCGACCGUCCACCAGGUGAACUAG